AUGACCUCCCUCAAGCGCUCAUACGCGUCCUCGACUACGCCGAGCACGACACUGAGCAGCAAAACCUACCUGCGGACACUCAGGUCUGGAAAAGUCCAAAAAGUCGUCCGCGAACUCUACCUACGACAAGACAUCCCCUGCUCUUCGCAACUCUGCUCAACAUGCAUCGAUCUCGCUCCUGCUGGAUUCCAUGGCAAGUCAGAUCCGCCUAUACUGUCGGCGACUCCAGCCGGAACGACUCAAUUUCCACAAGGACAUUACCUGGUCCCAGACACUAAUGCAUUUCUUUCUGCUAUGGAUCUUUUCGAGGCAGAGGAUGCAGCUCGGGACGUGAUCGUGCUGCAGACCGUUCUCGAAGAGGUCAAGAACCGGUCACUACCCUUGUACCACCGCUUGAUUGCCUUGACCAAGAACGAAGGCAAGAGAUUCUACGUCUUCUUCAACGACUUUCGGCUAGAAACCUACGUGACUCGGGACGCAGGCGAGUCCAUAAACGACCGCAACGAUCGUGCUGUGCGAAAGGCAUGCGCUUGGUACGCUGCACAUCUGCAAGAUGCAGUCAAAGCUCGCAAGAACGCACGGUGUCCUGCUGUGGUCAUGCUUUCUGAUGACAGAGAAAACUUGCGAAAGGCGAAAGACGAUGGAUUGAUUGCCUUGGGUCUGCAAGACUACGUGUCCGGGCUACCUGAUGCAGACCGUUUGCUCGAUAUGGUUGCUGCAAGCCGCGAUCAGAGAGCAACACGAGACGCCAAGGCCAAAAUGCUGUAUCCCGACUACAUGUCUAUGUCUGCGAUGCUCACUGGUGUCAAAGCUGGGUCGCUUCACCAGGGGACUUUCAGCGUCUCUCCAUACAACUACCUCGAGGGUACGGUGCAUGUGCCUGCAUUUGAUCGGCCACUCAUUAUCCAGGGUAGAGAAAAUAGCAACCGGGCGGUUUCUGGUGACAUUGUGGUGUUGGAGGUGUUGCCCAAGGAUCAGUGGAAAGCCCCCUCAACCAAGGUCAUUGAGGAAGAUGACUUGACCAAGAACGAGAACGCAGAGAAUGAGGAUGAAUCUGCCGAAGCGGUUGUUUCUGAGCAGGAGCGGCGAGCGCUGCAAGAAGAGGUCAAGCGUGCGCAUGGAAAAGUUGCUGAAGGCAAGCCACAGCCUACUGCAAAGGUCGUUGGCAUUAUCAAACGCAACUGGAGACAAUACGUUGGCCACGUGGAUCGGGAUUCUGUGCGAUCGGACGCGAAGCAGAGCCGAGCACAGCAGACUGUCUUCCUCAUACCCAUGGACAAGCGCAUCCCAAAGAUCAAGGUUCGCACACGCCAGGCUGGAGAGCUGCUCGGCAAGCGUGUGCUGGUCACUAUCGACUCUUGGGACAGAGAGUCACGCUAUCCUAUCGGCCAUUUCAUCCGUAGCUUGGGUGAACUGGAGACGAAGGGAGCUGAGACUGAAGCUCUGUUGCUCGAAUGGGAUGUGCAAUACAGACCUUUUCCCAAGUCUGUCCUCGACUGUCUGCCUGCUGAAGGCCAUGACUGGAAAGUACCCGCCGAUACUUCCGAUCCUGGCUGGAAAGGCCGGCGAGACCUCAGAGACCUAUUUGUCUGCUCUAUCGACCCGCCUGGAUGUGUUGACAUUGAUGAUGCACUGCAUGCAAAACUUCUGCCGAACGGCAAUUUUGAAGUUGGCGUUCACAUCGCAGAUGUCUCUCACUUCGUCAAGCCAAACAACGCCAUGGACAAGGAAGCAGCGCUGAGAGGUACAACUGUCUAUCUCGUCGACAAGCGUAUCGACAUGCUGCCGAUGCUCCUGGGUACUGACCUGUGUUCGUUAAAGCCCUACGUGGAGCGGUACGCCUUCAGCGUCUUGUGGGAGCUCAAUCAAAACGCCGAUAUUGUCAACGCUAUAUUCACCAAGAGUGUCAUCAGAAGCCGAGAAGCGUUCAGGUACGAGCGUGCUCAGCUGCGCAUCGACGACCAGUCCCAACAAGACGAGCUCACCCAAGGCAUGCGUCACUUGAUGAUGCUCUCCAAAAAGCUGCGAGCAAAACGCAUGGCCGCAGGAGCACUCAAUCUGGCCAGCCCAGAAGUCCGAGUCGAGGCCGAAAGCGAGACUUCCGACCCCGUAGACGUCAAAACCAAACAACUCCUCGACACGAACCAACUCGUCGAAGAAUUUAUGCUCCUCGCCAACAUCAGCGUCGCGGGCAAGAACUACUCCGCCUUCCCCCAAACCGCCCUCCUCCGCCGCCACGCCCCACCCCCCAAAUCCAACUUCGAAGAACUCUCCAACCAACUGAAAGUGAAAAAGAACCUCGAACUCCGCUCCGACUCCUCCAAAGCCCUCGCCGACAGCCUCGAUACCUGCACGGACCCGACUGAACCCUUCUUCAACACCCUCGUCCGCAUCCUCGCGACCCGCUGCAUGAUGAGCGCCGAGUACUUCUGCUCCGGCACGCAAGCCUACCCAGAAUUCCGGCACUACGGCCUCGCCUCAGAAAUCUACACGCACUUCACCUCCCCGAUCCGUCGCUAUGCCGACCUCGAAGCCCACCGCCAACUCGCCGCCGCCAUCGACUACGAACCCCUCGACGCCUCCCUGCAAUCGAGAUCCAAACUCGAAGCCGUCUGCAAGAACAUCAACGUCCGCCACCGCAACGCCCAAAUGGCCGGGCGCGCCAGCGUGGAGUACUACGUCGGACAGGCGCUCAAGGGACGGAUCCUCACCGAAGACGGCUUCGUGAUGCGCAUCUUCAGCAAUGGCUUCGUGGUCUUCGUGCCGAGAUUCGGGAUCGAAGGGUUGAUCCGUCUGAGGGAUUUGGGUGGCGAUGGAAAGGAACCGGAGAGUGUGUUUGAUGCGGAGGAGUAUAGUUUGGUGGUUGGGGAGAAAGGGGAGAAGAAGGUGGAGCUUUUCCAGAAGGUCCAGGUGAGGAUUUCGGAUGAGGCCGAGGAGAGUACGGGGAAGAGGAAGAUUAAACUUAAUCUUGUGUGA